CUCGAGUCUCGACCUGUCUGUCGAUCGAUCGAAUCUCUAUGAUUCUACGCUGUUCAUCGUGACGACAAUUAUUCCGGUCACGGUGGGUACUCGCUAAGUUUCCCACCUUCUUGCGGCUUCUUCUAGGCUCCCCUGUAUCUGCCCGGCGUUGCCUCCAUCCCCUCCGACGGUGUCCCCGCAGUCAGCCGUCAAGAUGGAGACGGAACUCCAGGCGCAGAUUCCCGGUCUCGACCGCGUGAUCUCCGAAUACUCCGUAGGCUACCUGGCCCAUGCGUCCAAGGCCUAUGUUGAAGAUGCCAAUGCGCCGUCGCCGCUGUCGGAAGCCGCCGAUUUGGUCACUGAGCUCUUGGUCUCCGCCUCGGGCGACUUCAGCCCCGAGAAUGAAAAGGCCAUUCGCAACCUGGUCGAGAAAUUCAUCUCCUCGCUGAGUGCGUCCGAUGGCGUGGAUGCGGAGCGUCGCCAGAUGCCCUUCGCCGCCAAAAAGCUCGACCAGGCCAUUAACGUCGGCUCUCAGAGGAAUAUCUCCUCCACGCUGGGCCUGGCGGGUGGCAACGUCGAUCUGGAGUCGGCCAAUGCCAGAAAGGUCGAGUCUCGCGUCGACCGCAAGAAGCUCGAGAAGGCAGAGCGCAAGAUUCGUGCCAAGCAGGAGAAGAAGCAGAUGAAGACGGUGCAGUACGAAUCGUCUCGCCUUCUCAACCAGCCCGACAGCACCAUGUCGUACGAGGAGUUCUUCAUGGCGGUCAACCCUCUGCAACUGGGCUCCGACUCGCAGUCCAAGAGUAAGGACAUCAAGGUGGACAGCAUCGACAUCUCGGUUGGCGGCCAUCGGAUCUUGACAGACGCUUCGCUCUCCCUGGCGUAUGGCCGUCGCUACGGUCUCGUGGGUCAGAACGGUAUCGGAAAGAGUACCCUCCUGCGUGCGCUCAGUCGCCGAGAGGUGGCCAUUCCGAGCCACAUUUCCAUUCUCCACGUCGAACAGGAGAUCACGGGCGAUGACACCCCGGCACUUCAGGCCGUCCUCGAUGCGGACGUGUGGCGGAAGCGUCUCCUGGCUGAUUUGGACAAGAUCACCAAGCAGCUGGCGGAAAUCGAAGCCGAACGGUCUUCCAUGGCCGACACGUCCAAGGAUGCUGCCAGGCUGGAUCAUGAACGCGAGGGUCUGGACAUCACGUUGAAUGACAUUCACGCAAAGCUCGCCGAGAUGGAGUCGGAUAAGGCAGAGUCCCGUGCAGCCAGUAUCUUGGCUGGUCUGGGUUUCUCGGCGGAGCGCCAGCAGUUCGCUACGAAGACCUUCUCUGGUGGUUGGCGAAUGAGACUGGCUCUCGCCCGAGCCCUGUUCUGCGAGCCCGAUCUGCUCCUACUGGACGAACCGUCCAACAUGUUGGACGUGCCGUCCAUUACUUUCCUUUCCAACUACCUCCAGACGUAUCCCAGUACCAUCCUGGUGGUUUCUCACGAUCGAGCGUUCUUGAACGAGGUGGCGACCGAUAUCAUGCAUCAGCACUCCGAACGGCUGGACUACUACAAGGGUGCUAACUUCGACUCGUUCUAUGCCACCAAGGAGGAACGGAAGAAGAACGCGAAGCGCGAAUACGAGAAACAGAUGGCCGAGCGGGCCCAUCUCCAAGCAUUCAUUGACAAAUUCCGGUACAACGCUGCCAAGUCGUCCGAGGCCCAGUCCCGCAUCAAGAAACUGGAGAGAAUGCCGGUGCUGGAGGCCCCCGAGAGUGAUUACGUUGUCCAUUUCAAAUUCCCCGAUGUGGAAAAGCUUUCCCCGCCCAUUGUUCAGAUGACCGACGUGUCUUUCGGCUAUACCAAGGACCGGCCCCUGCUCCGAAAUGUGGAUCUGGACGUGCAGCUCGAUUCGCGUAUUGGAAUCGUCGGGCCCAACGGUGCUGGUAAGACCACCGUCCUGAAGUUGCUUACCGGGCAGCUGCAGCCCACGUCCGGGUUACUGUCGCAACACGCCCGGUUGCGCAUCGGUUACUUCGCCCAGCACCAUGUGGAUGCGCUGGAUCUCACGACCAGUGCGGUGAGCUUCAUGGCCAAGACCUACCCCGGCAAGACGGAUGAGGAGUACCGCCGACACCUGGGCGCCUUCGGUAUCACCGGCAUGACGGGCCUACAGCGGAUGGAGCUUCUAUCCGGAGGUCAGAAGUCUCGUGUGGCCUUUGCAUGCUUGUCGCUGACGAACCCGCACAUCCUGGUGCUGGACGAACCGUCCAACCACCUGGAUAUCGAGGGUAUGGACGCGCUGUCGGAGGCGCUCCAGAACUUCGAAGGAGGUGUCGUCAUGGUCUCCCACGACGUCACCAUGCUCCAGAAUGUGUGCCGAAGCCUCUGGGUGUGCGACCAGGGUACCGUGCACAAGUUCGAUGGCACCGUCAAUGCCUACAAGAAGUUGAUCAGCUCCCAAGCGAACGAGGCCGGGGUAGCCGCGCCUCAUUGAGCGGGGGAUGGCAGCACGCACCAAUAGUAAUGACAAUAAAACGUUAUGGAACCUA